AGCAGCAGAUGGCACACUGACCAUGGACGUCUGUGGCCUGAUGUGGGUCAGGUUUAUGAGGAGGAAGGAGGCCCUCUUCGUAGGAAAUCAUUGAGAAAUCUUUUUUAUCACACAUACAGCUGCUUGAUGGGCUCUACAGUAUUUGGUCAUCGCGUUUCUGCUCGCUGUUAAAAAUCGAAACUUGUGCAAAACCCUGCAAAAGAAAUCCGAUCGCUUUGCCCAGGUCAGAGUUUUGCGUGCGCCUUUUUUGUUUCCACCAGCAACUUUUUUUUAUCUGCCUUUCAUGCACUGAUCACUGCAUUUGGACGCGUGGGUUCGCGUGGAAAGGGACUUCGUUGCAGGACUUCUGUCUUAAAUCUGCUGCUGCUAAUCGGCCAUUGCGGCCGUCGGAAAGGGGGCAAGGACUUCUUCAUUUGCUGCUGCGAUCACAGACAGAACCAGCCGUGUGAACGCUUGGAUGAGCCAUGAGGCUGCUGCAGGUCACAUCGGACUGCCUGCCAACCGGAAUGGAUUAGUGUCACUUUGUUUUCCUGCAGAGUUUGUAAACUUCUCGAGGUUUUUCGAUGUCAAAGAUGACCAAAUAGCUCACUUGCUGAGAGUUUUUGAUUACAUGAAAUAGAAGAAGAGGAGAGUAAAGAGGGUUUUUUUUUUGUCACCUUCAUCCUCAUCACUCCACAAGUGUUUUGCGACCAUCCGGGCUCCACAGGCAGCAGAUCAGAAACGAUGGCAUCUCCACAGCCCUGGACACAGAUCAUCAUCACAUCAGCCUCUUUAUUCUCCCUGAUCCUGUGCAGCACCGUGGCUGAUGUCCCUGAGGAAGACGGCUUCAGUGCUGAGUCAUGGCUUCGGAAGUUCGGCUACCUGUCUCAGGUGAGCCGACAGAUGUCCACCAUGCAGUCGGCUCAGAUUCUGUCCAAAGCCAUCAGCGACAUGCAGCGUUUCUAUGGGCUGGAGGUGACUGGUGAGAUGGACGCUGCUACUGUUGCGGCCAUGCAUCGGCCUCGCUGUGGCCUCCCGGACAGAAACGCAGAUGAACUGGUUGAUGGAGUGAGAAAAAAACGCUAUGCUCUCACCGGACAGCAGUGGGACAACGACCACAUCACUUACAGUAUAAUGAACCAACACAUCCCCUCCUCGCUGGGAGAAGAGCGGACGUAUGACGCCAUCCAAAAGGCCUUUGACGUGUGGAAACGGGCCACGCCACUCACCUUUGAGGAGCUACCGGCUGAAAACAGCAUCAAUGGUAGCCAGGCACAGCUCGCCGACAUCCUACUGCUGUUUGCCUCUGGUUUCCAUGGUGAUAUGUCAUUGUUUGAUGGCGAGGGAGGGUCGUUGGCCCACGCCUACUAUCCUGGACCAGGAAUAGGCGGGGAUACGCACUUUGAUGCAGAUGAACCUUGGACACUUGGUAAUGAAAACCCAGAAGGUAUCGACCUCUUCCUCGUUGCUGUACAUGAGCUAGGUCACGCUCUGGGUCUGGAACACUCAGAUAACCCCAGCGCCACAAUGGCUCCUUUCUACCAGUGGACUCACACGAAAAACUUCACACUGCAUGAAGACGACAUCAAAGGAAUACAAUACAUUUAUGGUCCUCCUCUCUCCACCCAUCCUCCACCCACUUCUCCUCCUGCCCUUGACGACGAGCCCAACGAUGACUCCCCCACCUCUCCCUCUCUUCCUGAGGAUGAAUCCACCUCCUUUUCUCCCACUGACCCCCCACCCAAAUUGCCCAGCCCAGAUCCUCCAGGCCAACCUUUGCCGAGCCCCAGCCCUACCUCUCCUCCCACCCCCUCCACCUCCACUCCCAUUGACUCUCAGCCCGAGCCAGAACCCGUCACACCGACGGUCAGAAAAGACGUCCCCGCUCGUCCGCCUCCUCCCAGACCUCCAGCUGCCCCUCGGCCUCCCAAGCUGCCGGGCAGCCAGCCCCCCAACAUCUGUGACGGGGACUUUGACACGGUGACCAUGCUGAGGGGGGAGAUGUUUGUUUUCAAGGGUCGCUGGUUCUGGCGGGUGCGGAGGAACCGUGUCCUGGAUAACUACCCCAUGCCAAUUUCCGUCUUCUGGAUCGGUCUCCCCAGUGACAUUGACGCAGCCUACGAACGCCACGAUGGCAAAUUUGUCUUUUUCAAAGAUGAUAGAUACUGGGUGUUCAGGGAGGCCGAUGUGCUGCCAGGGUAUCCACAGCCCUUAUAUCAGUACGGACAAGGAGUUCCUGCACACAAGAUCGACACAGCUAUCUGGUGGGAGCCCAAUGGAUACACAUACUUCUUUUCAGGAGACAGGUACUGGAGGUACAAUGAGGAGACACGCACUACAGACCGCGACUUCCCCAAGCCAAUCAGCAGAUGGGGCAAGAUUCCCGACUCCCCAAAAGGAGCCUUCCUCAGCGAUGACGGUGCUUACACCUAUUUCUACAAAGGCACCAAUUACUGGAGGUUUGACAACCGCAAAAUAGAAGCGGACAAAGGCUAUCCUCGCUCCAUCCUGAAGGAUUUCAUGGGCUGUGUGGGAGUCCCUGACCCGAAGCCCGACUCAGACACGGAGCAAGAACAGGUGGACAAACCAGUCAACCCUUCAGACAGAGGCAAAGAUGAGCAUAAAGAGCCGGACAGGGGCCAGGACAAAAACACAGAGGAAGGCAAAACCACUAAACCCGACGGCACAGGGGAAGACGAGGACAAUGAGGUGAACGUGGUGGUGACGGUGGCCGACAACGAAUCAAAAAUCAUGACCCUGAUCAUGGUGACCGUUCCUCUGGUGCUCAUCCUGUGCAUCCUGGUCCUAAUCUACGCCAUCCUCAGGACUCUGCAGAACAAAGAGACACCGAGGGCCUUGGUGCACUGCAAGCGCUCGCUGCAGGACUGGGUGUGAUGCACAGAAUUAGGCGCAAUAGAACGGGUAUUCAUCAUUUGUCUGGCGCAGUCACUGCCGUCAAAUUUUUCACCCAUGGCGCAGGUGGGGAAAGAGACUUUGACACAGUGCUACAGUUUCAGAAAGCUGAUGAUGAGUUACCUCAAUGUUUAGAGCCCCGUUGUUCAUUGUGAGAACUUUUAUUGCUCGUGAAAUGAUAAAAAAAUCUGCGCCUGUGGAACAACAGUUUCCCUCAUUCUGGCCUUGAAUUCAGCUCCGGCGGGAGUUUUUCUCCUGCACCUAUCUCUGUGCCUUCCAAAUGUCUAAAAAAGUACCUCUGUUUGUGAAAAAAAAACAUGCUUAUUUCCAUUUCAACUUUAAAAAAGGAUGAUUCAUUCACCUUGGGUGUACGUGACACAUUUCUGUUUCCAGUUGUAAUUGGGCAGAAGAGGGACAAUCCCGUGAUUUAUUUGUAGAAAAUGCAGACGACGUCAAUCGAGCACAUACAUGAUGCAGAAGCACACAUGCUGUACAUAUGCAAGAACAUGAGUGCUUACCACUAUUAAAACAAAUGCGUUAAUAGGAACAAACCUUCCAUUAACUGAGGUGCUUUAACCAACCUUGACAUUUUUCUUUCUGUUCAAAACAGGUAAUUUGCACUUUGGAUUUAGUUUUUGUGACCUAACCUUUUUGUUUUUUGCUGAUGUAGCAGUGAUGUUUAUGCUUAUUAAACAAACACAAGCAGGCAAAGCUCCGACCAGCGCAGGAAUGUCAGACAGCUGCGUGUCCACGACUGCCCGUCUCCCACUGAGCCCAUUAUGUCUGCCCUCUUUCCCUCUCACGCAUGUUCCACUGUCACAUGAUCUCAAAAAAUCCCCUAUCUGCACUCAUUUGUGCAUGCAAGCCCACAUAUGCAGACACACAUAGAGACCACUUACCCAUACAAAGGCACAUAGAGUAUUUGCACACAGACACACAGGCUCCAGCCUCCCCUCCUGCCACCACAGCCAUGGUAACUGUUCAGACUCUACCACUAAAAACACAAUCCCAGCGGAGGCAUAUUGAUAUACGACUGGUGCCCGGGGCUGGGAUUCAUUCACUUUUUUUCUUUUUUCUUUUUACAAAAAUCAGUAAGUGUUGUGGUAUUUUUACAAAUUCCGCAACCUGUGAAAACGUAGCAAUGUCGUCCUUUCUUCCUCUGAAUCUCCUCUCUCUUUUUUUCAUGCUAAAUGUAAAUAGAGUUGAGGCUAAUUAAGUCUCUGAGGGGGAAGCCUGCAGGCUCGAGGAGAAUGGGUUGGGGUCUGGUUUCCAUUAAGCCCACAUGUUGCUGAUUUAGUAGUGUCAGGCAUGAGAGGAGGGAGGAGAGGGGAGAGUUGGGAAAAAUGCAAAAAGUCGGAGUUUUUAAAAAAAAAGUGUCGGUGGUCGUGAGUAAGGAGAAAUGAGAGAGAAGGGAAGAUGUGUAGGGAAAGAAAGAAACCGGAGGAGGUCGAGGUAGAGGUGGGGAGAGGGAGGGCUCUGUCAGCAUUUCCUUUCCAGUUUUGUGUGGAAAAGGAGGAGCGAGGGGAAGGAAGGAAGGAGAAAGAGAGGUUGGAAGGAUUUUUAGGAGGGGCAAUGCUGGCGUUGCGCCUCUUGACCUACAUUGGGCCACUGAGUCCACUUCUCCUUUGCAGCUCCUCUUGUUUUUGCUUUGUGCGAUGAGCUGGAGGUGACUUAUUCUCCCUCUUACCUUCCUCCUAUGUUUUUAUCUCUGCUUUCCCUUCUCCUUCUUUUUGUUUUUCAUUAUUAGUCUGUCUUUUUCCUUUUGUUUUCUGUUUCAUUGCUGCACCUUACUGCAUUUCUGUGUUCCCACAUGUAUUCAUUUUCUCCCCCUCUCUUCUGGAAAGUCUUCUCAAGCAUUUCAAAGAUAAUUCACAGAAACAUCUGCAGGAUGUGAUGUGAUCUUGUCUCGCUCUGUGUUUCUCUGUUUUCUGUCAGACUGUGUAAAGCCACUAUCAACAAGUUGGAUUUGUGCCUUUUUUCUCUGAAUACUAAGCAGAUUUUUUUUUUACUAUAAAAGCAUGAGGGAAAGUUUUUACAACCUAUUUCUUACCUUUCUCACUCUACUUAUAGUUUGUAGUUUUGUACAUUUUCUUGUUCAGGUUUUCUGUAAGAACAACAGUAGAUUAUUAUGAUGAUGUUGAUGCAUGCAGGGCAUGUUCUGUAAGGCCUGUGCACUCCUGUGUAGAGUACAAUAAAGGUUUCACAAUAAAACUGUAAGGUAAAAAGCAACAUAA